AUGAUAAAGCUACAUCCUGGUGUGUAUGGUUUCUCUAUAUACAAUUUUUAUACUCCCUAUAAAUUCAAUCCGAUUUACCAGCAUGUCACAACCCAACUGGUCCCCGACAUCCGGCCUGAACCUUUCGAGUGGAUUGCCUACUCAGUUAACUAUGUGCCCCCACAGUGCCCUGAUGCCGCCUCCAUGCCGACUCGAAGGUCUCCUCCCACCUGGGCGCCGUUACCCGCUCAACCCCAGCGCCCAUUGGAACCAGGUCGCCUGCCCGAGACCGUCACCUUGGGUUCGCUGCAGUUCGAAAACCAGGGGCUUGGGUCUCAGCAAAGUGGUGUUGGCGAAAACGGCCCGGGCCGUUAUCAACCACCAAGCCAGCAACAGGUCUUGGUGCCAAAGAUGGCUCAGGGUGCGCCACCGGAUGAUCACACGGUCUUGCAGAUGGGGUCUGGUGCUCCGUUCCCGAGCAGCGCGGUAUGGGUACCUAAUGGCGAGUUGAUUGAUGGCCGGAGGACGUACACCCACGACAUCUCCCACCCCCCCUGGAAGUCAAAGGACGACUACGACAGUAUGAUUGACUGGAGAUACCCGCGAGUGAUCUCUAACGACCGGAUAGCCGUUUUGUUUAACGGUGUUUGCACUGCCGCCCUUAACCUCAACGGCCUCGACCAUGUCUCCGACCCCCUGCCAUGGUGCAGGGAUGGCACCAAUCCUGUACGUGAGGCUCUGGCUUCAGCAGAGUUCAACCUCCAUGUCCUCCGAGAAGACAAGCUGUCCUUGUCUUCGGGUGCUGAGGACAAUUGCCUUCAGCAUCUGUUGCAAGAUUCCGACAAGGAGGAACUAACCCCUGGCCACUCAGUGGAACGUUUGGUCACCCAUCACCAAACUCUCCGGGGGUCUGCGGCGCAACCGACAAAUAAGUCGCCAUCAACGCCUACGCCUUCUUCUGUGACAGCUUCUACGUCGGCCACUGAAAGGCCUCCCGGUGUCCGAGAGCUCAUUUGCAAGAGUUCGCCGGUUAAGCAUCGAGGGGACUUGGCUGAUUUAUCCGUCGCUCGUCGCCGCCUCAAUACUGAUCAGGACAAAGGUGAUGAAGAGGUCGACGAGUUGGAGGACGAUGAAAUGCCUCUACUGGGCUCGGUAAAUCCAGCAACCCCCGCCGGUGUAUGUCGCUCUGUUUCCUUUCCUCAAAGGGCAACCAACCCCGUCAUCAUCACCCCCGCACCCUCACGACACCCCUUUCCCCGCCUCACAUACCCUGGAGCUUCUAUAACCACACGAAACGGUGCUCCAAUGACUGCGACCUCUGCGACCACUCCUCACGCCCCCUCACAACCGGAGCGUCGGUUACCUAGCCCUACCAUGACCCGGUCAACCAAUCGAACCGAUCACACGCGCCUGCCCACUCCCAUCACGACUUCUAAAACCUCCCGUGACCUUCCUGAACCUGGCGGUCUCGGGGAAGCCUCCUCGCCAACCUCAAAGAAGUCGGAUGGCAGAGGAUCCUCCAAUCGCAUGCGAUGGGGCGAGCCAGGCGAUCUCGAUACGCUCUGGCUGUCACACCUUGUCUCGUUUGACCCGUUCUCGGCGGGCAAGAAAGAGGCUCAGGAGAGAUUCCGUGCCUGUUUGCACCACCUUAAGGCAAGUUUGAUUCCACUUCCUCACUUGUAUGUAUUUGCCCUAACUAAACGGGAUAUUUGGCAUAUCCAGACUCAUGCCAAUACGAUGGACCAAUUCACAAAUUUGUCUACCACGAAGUAUACCUAG